UCUUCUUUGCCUUCUGUGUUAAUGCUUUUCUCGCGGCCGAAGUAGUGUUUUGAAAGAGUCUUCGCCUCCUUCGACGACGUCGGAUCGGAAGUCACCACGGCAGCUCGCUCGCUGCCAAGUAAUUGAAAAGGACUCCAUCGGGCUACCAACAGAUUGGAAGGGGAGCGAAAUGGUUGCCGGAAAGCGUAAGGAUCGUGCUUCAGAGUCGGCAGCAGGAGAUAGAGGGGACGGGGAGGAGAUAAAGAAAGCAAAGCUUCUCCCGUCUCUGAUUAGGAACAAAGAGAAGCGUAGCAAAGUGUACGCCAAUCUUAAACGCGAUAAGAAGUCCGAGAAGCGGAAGCAAGCCAAGGCCCGUGAAGCUGCAGAGAACAGAGCUCUCGAGCUUGGCGAGGAGCCGCCGCCAAAGAAGAUUCCUCGGACGAUCGAGAAUACAAGGGAGCCGGAUGAGACUGUCUGUAAGCCUAAUGAUGAAGAGUUGGUUGCAGCAAAUGAUGCUGAUGAAUUCAGCAAGAUAUUGAAACUAGAGAUACCUCCAAAAAUAUUGAUCACCACAUGCCGGUUCAACUCCACUAGAGGACCUGCUUUCAUACAAGAGCUGAUGACUGUUAUUCCAAAUGCCCACUAUUAUAAGCGAGGAACGCAUGAACUCAAAAAGAUUGUAGAAUAUGCCAAAAACAAAGAGUUCACAUCUAUUGUAGUUGUCCACACUAAUCGUCGAGAACCAGAUGCGUUACUGAUAAUCAACUUGCCUGAUGGACCAACCGCACAUUUUAAGCUUUCUAAUCUUGUUUUGCGCAAGGAUAUUAAGCACCAUGGGAAUCCUACAAGCCACAAGCCAGAGUUAGUACUGAACAACUUCACCACUCGCCUAGGAUAUCGAAUUGGCAGGAUGAUACAAUCACUUUUCCCUCAAGAGCCUUUCUUUCGGGGCCGUCGAGUUGUAACAUUUCAUAACCAAAGAGAUUUCAUAUUUUUUCGCCAUCACAGAUAUAUCUUCGAAAGCAAGGAGAAAAAGGAUGAUUCAAAGGAUAAAAAGGCUCAGAGUGCCCAAAGUAAGAUCAACACUGAGGGGAGAGUCAUUGCACGCCUGCAGGAAUGUGGCCCUCGGUUCACGCUGAAAUUAGUUACCCUGCAGCAUGGAACAUUUGAUUCAAAGGGCGGAGAAUUUGAAUGGGUCCAUAAGGCGGAUAUGGACACAAGUCGCAGGAGAUUUUUCUUAUAGCACCUGGAGAUGCAGGUUUAGCAGAAUUUUAUUUUUGCUGUAUUUGAAAAUUUUAUUUUAUUGAAAGAAAUAAUUGUUAGAUAUAUUAAUGUGAAAGUCCAUGAUGUAAGGGUAAAAAUAUCCUCUUCUGGUUUUUUUGGUUGAACUUAUUUAUUUAUAGAUUUUGCUCAUAAAA